UCCCACGUUAAGUGAAAGGCAUUUUUGCGUGUUUCCUCUGACAGUAUCCUUACUGCUGCUGUGAAAGGUGAAAUAACAACAUAAUUCUAGGAUGUGCUGCUGACUUUGCAAAUUGAAAUUUUCAAGUGCUUUAUGUUACCAUUAUUAAACUAAAUCAUAAACAUUUUGCUCGCCAUCACCACGACACUCGAAGCCCUUUGUUCUGAUCAAUGAAAAUAUUCAGGUUCAAAUGUGAAUGCACCCUCGAGAUGUUUCACCUUCCACCGGAAGCAGAGUGCAAAUAAAAUGUUUUACUGGUUUGACAACCAAAAAUCAAGGAGCAGCCCGCACGAAUGGGAUGUUGGUUUUUACUUUCAUUAUUUUAAUCCUAAAACUAAUUAACCCUGCUGCAAUGAGGCCAAGUACACUAAAACUACAACAUCUACAAAAUCAUGAUGUACCUAAGAGCAUUUUAAGGGAAGCCUAUGCAGCGUGGAAUGAUCGAUCUGAUAAUUGUAUUGUGCCAGAGCCCAACAUUCAACCAUUAUUUCGUGAUUUUAAACUAUUUCCAACAACUGGACAAGUACAUGACAUGUUACAAACUGCCAAGCAAAUUGUGCGAGGUUUCAGCAAUGGUAGUAAAUUAUCUAAACAUAAGAACGGCUUGACAUUUGGCGAAUUCUCAGUGUUGUUAUCUGACAUACGUAAAUUAAGGCAUACAACUAUACUUAAUAGCAAUGACACUUCUCAGAGUGGGUAUUGUCAAACUGACUCAUCUUCCUCUGGAAAGAAAACGAAUGCUAGACACGAUGAGCCAUCAGUUCCAAGUAAUGAAACUAUGGUUGGUCCAGAGGUAUUCUUGGGAGGUUCAUGUAAUCCAACUACUUGGCGGGCUGACGUAGCUAUACCCAAAUUGAAUGAAUUGGGUAUUACCUUCUACAAUCCGCAAGUUUCAGAAUGGACCCCAGAUCUGUUAGAAUUAGAGCACCGAGCUAAAGAGAAAGCAAAAGUGUUAUUUUUUGUUAUGGAUUCUCAAACCAGAUCAGCUGCCGGUGCUAUUGAAGUGGCACACAUAGCAGGAAGAAAUUCCAAACAUCUUGUGCUAGUCCUUUUACCAUACAAACAACAACAGAAAAUUUUGAACGAAACUUUAACAUUAGAUGAAUAUAUGGACCUUUCUCGAAAUCAGCAGCUGUUGAAGCAUCUCGUGCAUCGUAGAGGUUUACCUGUUCUAGACAAAAUCUCGUUAGCAUUAGAGCAUAUAAAGAUAAUUCUGUCUGGAGGACCUUGUCGAAAGCAUCCACAUAAUAUUGCAACAAGAUUGAUAUCUGUUCGAAGAACGUUUGAUAGAGUUUCAAACAAUAGUAGUGAUGUAAUCAACUUAACUCAAUGCCAAACGGCACUGGUGGCACUAGGCUAUACAUCUGGUAUAGUCUCAAUAAGUGUUAUCAAACAAGUUUUGGCAUAUUUUGAUGCAGUAUGUCAGAUGUAUGAUGGUAAAGCAAAAAGCAACAGAUCUCCAUCAGCUAUAUACAAAAUUAGCAAUGGCUAUGACGACGACAACAUUACGAUAACAUUUGAUGGUUUCUGCAUACUUGAGUCAUACCUUUCCGUCCUUCAACAAGAGAUUCAGGAAACCAGCUGUGUUUCUCCCAUCAAGGGCACCAACCUUCAGCAGCCGCCAAUCUAUCUAACAGAUGUUCAAGGAUGGAAUCAUCGUGUGCCUCCUUCACCUAUUAGUACUGGAAAAAAUUGCACGCUGGAUGCUGCAAUAAAUACCAAGAACAAAUCUAUCCAUAGCAGUAUAACGAAGGUUUUUAAUAAUACGCUCAAUGCUAGCGGAGGUGACAACACGUACUAUAAUGAUGCAUUUAAUGCUUCAUCAUCAACGUCUUUUGAGAAUUCAUUUCAAAAUACGCUUAUCAGCAACAACAAAUCAGUAAAUGAAGAUCACACCAAUACAAACCGUUGCGUUCAAUUGCAGCAGAGGAAUGACGUCGCCAGUGCACAGGUCACUGAAAGAAGCAAUUCGAAUGAUUCAUCUGACCAUAGUGAACUUAAUGGUCUGAAACCCCGUGAUCUGUAUCUUGGAGGCAGUUGUUGGAUGCUAACCAACUGGCGACAGAAGUACGCAGUGCCUUAUCUGAAAUCUAAAAAUAUCACAUUCUAUACUUCCAAUCUCCAUGAAAGCCCGGAAGGUUCUCUCAAUUUCAGUGAAACUGGAGAAAUCAGCAUGACAAACAACGAUGAGUUGAUAUUUAAUCCAGCUAUAUUAGACGCGAGUCGAAUUCUGUUGUUUGUUAUCACGAAUCAAACCAGGUCUUUAGGAGCAAUGACGAUGGCAGCACAUUACAUGGGAAUGGGAUAUAAUGUCGUUCUAUGUGUACAAAUGUUACAUAAUGAGUGCAUUAUCAAUGGACUACAGCUUACGAAUUCAGCGAUUAAAGAUUACAAUCGGGGUCGAGUGUACCUAUCAGAUCUUGCCAAACGACAAGGUAUUCCUGUAUUUAACGACAUUGAAGAAGCCCUUAAAUCUGCAGUGGAUAAGUUGAGGUCACAUUAGAUGAGCUGUAUCAACAAAAUUCAUAGAACGUACUGUCAGGAGCAUGGAUAGAUGGCUGAUUACUGAUACAUUUUAUGAACUCCAAAAGAUGUGUCGAUUAAUUAUUCUUCAAUGCACUGAUAAGCAAAAAUUAAUUCAUUAAAAAACAGAGCCGAUGCUUAAUUUUAAGGCAUUUUUGGCAGAAACAAAAUAAUUGCUUCAAGUGGCAGAUAAUAUUGGAUGUACAUGCGAACGAUUCAUUGUAUAAAUUCACGCUUGUUCACGAUUCACUACGUGUGCGCUGAUUGCUGCAGAAAUGUGCAUGCAUUUUUCGAACGGUACAAGAUCCAAUUAAAAAAAAAUUAAACGAAUAGAAAAGAUAGAAUCUAUUUAAUCAAGGAAACAUGUCAUCUAUUUUAAAACUCUUGGCACUAUCGAUAGUAACACCCUUUGCUUAUCCCAAUAGAAGGCUUGUAUUGGCCUUUUGGUACUUAUUUUAAAUUCUAUGUUGAUAAUGAUCUUAAAAACAGGAUUUUUAAAUGCAUCACACCAGAAAUCAUAGAUUUUAAUGAAACAUGUAAAUUAACCUUUAAGUAACGGUCAAAGACCAAACCAUACUCUUACAAACAUGACUUACGCUUGUAAAUAGAUAAAUAAAAUUAGUUUGAUAAGCAUAGAUUAUUGUUUAUUUAAAAUGUUAUUUAACACUUACACUAAGAACUACCUAAUGUCAACAGCAUUUGGUUCUCGAAAAUCGUCCUCAACCUUUAUUUAGAUUUGUAACACCAUAAAUACUGCUAAUUUGGCAAAAACAUUGAAAAUCAAUCUGGCGUUUAGAAUAUACACCAAGGGUAACUGAUAAAAAAGAAGCUUGAGAAAAUAAA